AUGGCCUCGAAAAGAAGCACAAGCAUCAUCGUAACCGGAGGCGCCUCAGGCAUCGGCCUGGGCAUCACCCGCUACUUUGCCCCCAAACCAAACACCCACAUCACCGUCCUCGACGUAACCGACGGCACCGCGAUCCUCAACCAGCUACGCACCGAGUUCCCCUCCGCAAGCCUGUCCUUCUCGCAAUGCGACGUCUCCUCCUGGGAAAGCCAAGCAGCGGCCUUUGAGGAGGUAGUCGCCCAGCAAGGACACAUCGAUAUCGUCUUCGCGAACGCCGGCAUAACACAGAAGGGAGACCUACUGGCCAACAUCCACGACGCGAAGCCUUCGAAACCGGAGCUGAGGACGUUGGAUGUUAACCUUGUCGGCGUGAUAUACUCGGUCAAGCUAGCCGCGCAUUAUAUGGUGAAAAACCCGCCAAGAGGAUCAGAGAUAGGCCUCUCGAAGGGAAGCAUCAUCUGCACGGCGUCAAACGCGGGGAUCUACCCGUUCCCGAUUGCGCCGCUGUACGCGGCGACGAAGAGCGGCGUGAUCGGCCUGGUGCGCUCGCUUGCGCGGUCCCUGGAGCGAGAGCAGAUCCAGAUUAAUGCGCUGGCGCCGGCUGUUAUUGAGACGAAUAUUGCGCCGGAUUCUGCGUUGUUCAGAUCCAUGAUUCUUACGCCCAUGUCAACUGCUACGAGGGCGGUUGCGCAGCUUGUUAAUGACUCUUCGUUGACGGGGAAAGUGCUGGAAUUGCAUGGGGAGGAGGUGACGUUUGCGGAGCCGCCGGCGUAUGUCGAUGAAGAUACGGGGACGAAUAUUGAGAUGUUCUGGAAGCUGGGAUAUGCGUAG